GCGCGCUCGCUGGGUACCGGCGCUGAAGCUCGGCCUUGGGGUGCGCUGGGUACUAGGGCGCUGGGCCCUCAGCCAUGGCUCACAGACCGACAAGGAACUUUCGGCGGCGCGCGGCCGAUUCCAGCGACAGCGAUGGCGCUGAGGAGUCGCCUGCUGAACCUGGGACGUCGAGGGAACUUACGGCCCCGGGCCCCGCGGAGGAAGGGCCGCCCUCUGGAGGAGGCCGCGCGCAGGUGGCGGGACGGCCCCACCGGGUUCGGGGGCCUCGCGGCCGGGGCCGAGUCUGGGCGAGCUCCCGCCGCGCCACGGAAGCGGCUCCCCGCGCGGACCAAGGCUCGGGCGUCCAAGAAUCCAGAACAGUUGAUGUGUCAACAGAUGAAGAGGAUGAAAUACAUCAUUCCUCGGAAAGUAAGGAUGAUCAGGGUUUGUCUUCUGACAGCGCUAGCUCUCUUGGAGAAAAAGAACUUCCAUCAGCAGUUGAGAUCCCAGAUGCAGCCUUUAUUCAGGCAGCUCGCAGAAAACGUGAAUUGACCAGGAUGCAAGAUGACUAUAUUUCUUUGGAUGUGGAACAUGCCUCCACCAUCUCUGGUAUGCAGAAAGAGAGCGAAGAUGACCCUGAGAGUGAGUCUGAUGACCAUGAAAAGAGAAUACCGUUUACCCUGAAACCUCAAACACUUAGACAAAGGAUGGUUGAGGAAUCAAAAAACAGAUAUGAAGAAACAAGUGAAGAAAGUCAGGAGGAUGAAAAGCAAGAUAUUUGGGUACAACAACAAAUGAGGAAAGCAGUUAAAAUCAUAGAGGAAAGAGACGUAGAUCUUUCCCAUAGCUGCGGAUCUUCAAAAGUAAAGAAAUUUGAUACUUCCAUUUCAUUUCCACCAGUAAAUUUAGAAAUUAUAAAGAAGCAAUUAAAUACUAGAUUAACAUUACUACAGGAAACUCACCGCUCACACCUGAGGGAAUAUGAAAAAUAUGUACAGGAUGUCAAAAGCUCAAAGAGUACUAUUCAGAACCUAGAGAGUUCAUCAAAUCAAGCUCUAAAUUGCAAAUUCUAUAAAAGCAUGAAAAUUUAUGUGGAAAAUUUAAUUGACUGCCUUAAUGAAAAGAUUAUCAACAUCCAAGAAAUAGAAUCAUCCAUGCAUACACUCCUUUUAAAACAAGCUAUGACCUUUAUGAAACGCAGGCAAGAUGAAUUAAAACACGAAUCAACGUAUUUACAACAGUUAUCACACAAAGAUGAGACAUCCACAAAUGGAAACUUCACAGUAGAUGAAAAAACUCAAUGGAUUUUAGAAGAGAUUGAAUCUCGAAGGACAAAAAGAAAACAAGCAAGGGUGCUUUCUGGGAAUUAUAACCAUCAGGAAGGAACAUCUAGUGACGAUGAAUUGUCUUCAACAGAGAUGAUAGACUUCCAAAAAAGCCAAGGUGACAUUUUACAGGAUCAGAAGAAAGUUUUUGAAGAUGUGCAUGAUGAUUUUUGUAACAUCCAGAAUAUUUUGUUGAAAUUUCAGCAAUGGCGAGAAAAGUUUCCUGACUCCUAUUAUGAAGCUUUUAUUAGUUUAUGCAUACCGAAGCUUUUAAAUCCCCUAAUACGAGUUCAGUUGAUUGAUUGGAAUCCUCUUAAGUUGGAUUCCACAGGUUUAAAAGAGAUGCCAUGGUUCAAAUCUGUAGAAGAAUUUAUGGAUAACAGUGUAGAAGACUCAACAAAGGAAAGUAGUUCAGAUAAAAAAAUCUUGUCUACUAUCAUCAACAAAACCGUUGUUCCCCGACUUACAGAUUUUGUAGAAUUUCUUUGGGAUCCUUUGUCAACCUCACAGACAACAAGUUUAAUAACACAUUGCAAAGUGAUUCUUGAAGAACAUUCCACUUGUGAAAAUGAAGUUAGUAAAAGCAAACAGGAUUUGCUUAAAUCCAUUGUUUCAAGAAUGAAGAGGGCAGUAGAAGAUGAUAUCUUUAUUCCUCUGUAUCCAAAGAGUGUUGUAGAAAACAAAACAUCACCGCAUUCAAAGUUCCAAGAAAGACAGUUCUGGUCAGGCCUAAAGCUCUUCCGCAAUAUUCUUCUUUGGAAUGGACUUCUUACAGAUGACACCUUGCAAGAACUAGGACUGGGGAAGCUGCUAAAUCGUUACCUUAUUAUAGCUCUUCUCAAUGCCACACCAGGGCCAGAUGUGGUUAAAAAGUGCAACCAGGUGGCAGCAUGUCUACCAGAAAAGUGGUUUGAAAAUUCUGCCAUGAGGACAUCUAUUCCACGGCUAGGAAACUUCAUUCAGUUUUUAUUGCAAUCUGCACAUAAAUUAUCUAGAAGUGAAUUCAGGGAUGAAGUUGAAGAAAUAAUUCUCAUUUUGGUGAAAAUAAAAGCUUUGAAUCAAGCAGAAUCCUUCAUAGGAGAGCAUCACCUAGACCACCUUAAAUCACUAAUUAAAGAAGAUUGAAUAAAUUUUAUAGGAAAAUGCUAAAAUUUUAAUAUAGUUACACUGAAUUCCUUUGCUUGAGAAGAAGCUGGUGCCUCUUCUUUAUUCCCUGUAGUAGAAGGUAGGAUUUGCAAAAAAGUAAGACUCUACCUCUACAUUCUCCCCAUGCUCUACUUUCUGGCAUCAUGAAAAGCGCCAUGAUUCUGUGGUGUUCUAAGAAAUUAAAUGCAGUGGAGCAUUAAGAGGUCAACGUGUUUCUCUUU